AUGGCCGCCCCCUUCCCCUCCCCAACCACCAAAUGGCACACAACCACCUACCCAACCCUAUCCCCAACCCGCCCCGAACUUUCCGUAAAGGGCAAAACCAUCCUAAUCACAGGCGGCGGCACGGGAAUCGGCGCCGAAACAGCACGCUACUUUGCGCAGGCCGGCGCAUCGCGCAUUGCGCUAUUGGGGCGUCGAGAGCAGCCUUUACUCGACACUAAGGCUUCUAUUGAGCGUAUCAACAGCGCCGUCGAUGUCUUUAUCGCUUCAACCGAUAUCACGAACAAGGCUCAAGUCGACGCUGCAUUCGACCAUUUCGUCGGCGGCGACAAACCCGGGAAGAUAGACAUCCUAAUCAGCAACGCAGCUAUAACGGGACCGCACGAACCCAUCAGCAGCGUCGACAGCGAAGCCUUCCUAUCCGGCAUUCAUGACAACCUGCAGGGCUCAAUAUACCUCGCUCAAGCAUUCCUGCGCCAUGCCGUGGCCCAAGAUGCAGUUGUCGUUGAAAUCAAUUCGCAGGCCGCGCAUCUCGAUUUUGCGCCAGCCCUGGUGGCGUAUAGCAUUUCGAAGAUGGCUGUUUACCGGCUUUGGGAUGCGCUCAGGUUCGAAUUUCAGAAUGUUGGAUUAAGGGUGUAUCAUGUGCACCCGGGCGUGGUUGAUACGGAGAUGAAUAGGUCGGUGGGUGGUGUUGCGGCUUUGGGGUUUGAGGAUCAUGUGUCUCUACCGGCAAGUUUCAGCCUCUGGCUCGCAAGCCCCGAAGCCAAGUUUCUUAAUGGCAAAUAUCUCUGGGCCAACUGGGAUGUGGAUGAACUCAAGACUCGGGCCAAGGAAAUUGAAGCAGGGCAGGAAUUCAAUAUUCAGCUUGUUGGAUGGCCGUUUGGGGAGAAAAAAUGGGCAACUGAUGUCACCUUUUCGCCUACUGAGUAG